CUAGAUGGCACAGUAAGGACCAUCAGCAGUUGGGUGACUAGAGAAAGACAGACGUCCAUCUCAAGAAUAUCCUGACAGCGUACCAUGGCCUCUCUCUCUCUGUCCCUGGGACUGCUGGUGCUAUGCACCCUGGCUCUUGUACACUGUGACCUGUAUGAUGGCCAUGUCAGGGUGUGGGGCCUUAGUGCCUCCAACCUGAAAGGAGACCUCCUCUCCCAGCCAGACCCCUACGUCAAGGUGUGGUGCGGCCCCACCUUCGGUGGCAUGAGCAGCAUUCUGAAGAACCAGGCCAACCCCACCUGGCCCGGUGAAUUCAACUUCGUAGACAUCAUCCACAAGUCUGUCCUGAAGCUGGAGGUGUGGGAUGAUGACGCCGGACCAGAUCACCGCCUGGGAACCUGCACCACCACCAUCCGCCGAGGAACACACACUGAGACCUGCCACCUGAAGAAAGGCACCGUCUACUACACCUACAGCUACGACUACAGUCACUAGAAGGAACAGAAUGAUGGUUAGAUUGUAACCUAUGACCUUUGUGACCUUGUGUCUGAUUGGUUCUCUCACCCUGUCACUCAUGUAUUCACUUCCUUAUAGCAUCAA